AUGUUUGUCGAAGAUGUUGAUAUCUCAACAGUUGUAGAAUUCAAGAAGCGUGUCAGGGUGGAAGAUCUUGAUUCUACAGUCGUCGAAGUCUGGGUAAGGAAGGUCGAUGACGAUAAUGACAAUGAGGGCGAGAACGAGGGCAAUAAGGACGACGAAGGCGACGAGGGCGACGACGAGGGCGACAAUGAUGAUGACGAAAAAGCUUGA